UGUAGCUUGAAUUAAACAGCUGUUUUAAGUCUGGAUUUCUUUAAAGGGGGACAUAGGAUUCGGGGCUCAAGUCCCACCUCAGUCCUGUACGCGCAGAGUUUGCAUGUUCUCCCCGUGCUCCGGGAAGUUCCUCCUGGUACUCCGGUUUCCUCCCCCAGUCCAAAGACUUGCGUUGUAGGCUGAUUGACAUCUCUAAAUUGUCAGUAGUGUGUGAAUGUGUGUGCAAUUGUGCCCUGCGAUGGGUUUGCACCCCGUCCAAGGUGUCUCUUGCCUUGUGCUGAGUUCCCUGGGAUAGGCUCCAGGCUCCCAACGACCCUGUGUACGAGAAGUGGUACAGAAAAUGGAUGGAUGGAUGGAUGGAUUUCUUUAAAAUUGUUUUGCGACAAUGUCCAUUGUUAAAUGCACUAUCAUAAAUGCGCUAUCAAGUCCAAAGAUUACGUUUGGUGAAAUCCAAACAUGGCAUCACCAAAACAACACCAUCCCGACUUUGAAGCAUUAGUUGGGAGCAUAAUAUUGUAGGGGUUGGCAGAGACUGGGGAACUUGUCAAAAACUGAAGGGAGGAUGGAUGGAGCCAAGUACAAGGAGAUUCGAGGGAAUAACCUGAUAAAACCUGCAAAAUGUCUGAAAAUGGGUCGGAAAUUUAUAUCCCAACAGAACAACAACCCCAAGCAUAUAGCCAAAGCUGGCUAGGAACAAGAUGGAUGUUUUAGAGUGGCCUAAAUCCUAGGUUGCUGUCCAUCAGUGAACACCAACUAACCUGUACCAGCUUGAAUAGUUCUGCAAAGAGUGCUGGGAAGAUCUCCAAAUCCAACUUUGUGGUGAGCUGUAUUUGCUGCUGAAGGUGCCUCUACCAAGUAUUGACUUUGGUGGGGAAGAAAUGAGAAAGAAUUUCAGUUCUAACAAUCAUAUGCUCGCUUCUUUUCAAAUGAAAAGAAAUUCACUGCAUUCAUGUGGUAUGCAGUGGAAAGUUUACAGAGCCUAACACAAGAAUGUAAACGUUCUGAAAGGGGGUGUAUUCAUUUUCUAUCCAGUGUAUAUCAUGUAUAUGAGCACCUUGCAACAGAUGGAAUUUAUAGUGACAUAAACACAUGCUACUAUUUUGUUUGCAGGAAGGAGUUUUGCGAGCUGUGCCUGGUAAAGGAACGGCAGACAGACAAGGUCUAUGUGUGCAAGAAAUUCCUCAAGAAAGAUGGCAAAAAAGUGCGGAAGGCUGCCAAGAACGAGAUCAUGAUCCUGAAAAUGGUCAACCACCCAAACAUUCUGAAGCUGAUAGAUGCGUUUGAGACCAGGAAAGAGUUUUACAUCAUCCAAGAGCUGGCCACAGGUGGGGAUGUGUUUGAUUGGAUCCUGGAUCAAGGGAACUACACAGAGAGAGAUGCUGCUAACGUAAUCCGGCAGGUCCUAGAGGCAGUGGCUUACCUCCACUCCCUCAACAUAGUUCACAGGAACUUAAAGCUGGAGAAUUUGAUGUACUACACAGAGAAUAACCACAACAAAGUAGUCCUUCGUGAUUUCUAUCUCUCCCGGUUUGAGAACGGCUCCAUCACCGAACCCUGUGGAACGCCAGAGUAUCUGGCUCCGGAGGUGGUGGCUCGACAUCGGUAUGGAAGGCCAGUGGAUUGCUGGGCCAUUGGGGUCAUUAUGUACAUGUUGCUGUCGGGAAAUCCUCCCUUCUACGAUGAGACAGAAGAGGAGAACACAGACAUGCACAAUCGUAUUAUCUUCUGCCGGAUUGUUGCUGGAGACUAUGAGUUUGACGCUCCGUACUGGGAUGACAUAUCACCUGCAGCUAAAGAGUUGGUGUGUAGGCUGAUGGAAGUUGACCAGAUGCUACGAAUUACAGCACAAGAUGCCCUGUGGCACGAGUGGAUCGCUGGAAAUGGAGCCUCAGAAAAAAACCUGAAAGAUGGAGUGUGUGCACAGUUUGAGAAGAACUUUGCAAAAGCCAAGUGGAGGAAAGCGAUAAGAGUCACUACAUUCAUGCAGCGUCUUCGGGCCUCAGAGAUGGGCACUACAGAAGUGGCAACGGAGGGACAGAAGGGUGUCCAGGCUGAUGGUGGGGGAAGUGAAGGCGUCCCCACUGACUCGGGGGGAGGUUCAUCAGUGAGCAUGUCCAAUGAGGUGAUGGUGGAAAACACAUCAGUUGAUGAUCAAGACAGAAAAGUGCAGAAGGAGAAAGAGAUGGUGGUUACAAAUUCACUCUCAGAAAUGUCAAAGCCACUGGUACAAACAGACUCCUCAACCCAGACGCAAGGGGAGGAACAGGGCAAGGUGGUUGAGAAGAAAGCGAGUGUGGAUGUCUCUCAAAAAAUGGCAGCUGUUUUGGGGCAAGAAAAAACAGAGGCAUGCCAGGAACCCACCCCCAGUAUAUACACAAAAUUCUCUGACUGCCAAAGAAACAAAUUUACCACAGAGAAAGAAGCCACAGACAAGAAAGUAACACCCGAUACCCCAAACCGCCGCAGAAUGGCUGCCAACUUGUCUCUGGAUCAUGGGUUAGGGCAUGGUCCCAAGACUAGUAGUCCAGCUGUUGAGAAGGAACAGGCAGUAGCAAGAGAGGAGAAGGCAGAGGCAGCAGGUAAGCAGGAAAAAUCCCCUAGUAGUUGGUGUCAGACCCAGCUUCCAGAGACUGUAGCGGAGGGGCAGGUAGGUGCUGGGACGAUAGGAGAGAGUAGUCCUGGAGGUAGAGAGAGCAAAGGAGGCAGAAGAGACAAGUCAGGAAGGCAUGUGCACAGUUUGUAUGCUGGUAUAGAUUCUUCAAGUUUGGGCCGUAAGAAGACUGUGUAUGUGCAAGAACAGAGAGAUACAAGCCAUGGUGCUGCGUGUAGGAUUCCAUAUUGUUCUCCUUACUCUGUUAGUAGUGGGGCAGCAUACGAUGAUCUACAAGGAGGAGAUGUCAGUGCCGACUGGCAAAUGGACAGUGUGAUCGAACAGAUAGAAAAGCAAAUGGUGGCUGUACUUGAGAAGAUUGAAGGCGAUAUGCCCUCCCUACUGGAGCAGAUCAGGGACUGUCCUGAGAGUUUGCCGAGAGCAAAAAGCGCUCACUCUUCUCCUUCAUUUCAUCAUCACUCCUACCAAGAUCAUUCUACUCCACCACCCCUUCCUACCACCCCACGGCCACCCAUGCCCUCUCUACCACACCUCACCAUUCCCCCACCUUCCUACCCACCUCCAAACCCACCCACUCAAGCCCAAAGUCACAACCAGCUGGCCAAUGAGGAGGACGAUGGAGACGGACAAAGGGGUACUAUGAUACUGAACCUGUCACCAAGAGGAGGGGCGUCAGCCAAAGGCUUAUGAAGCUUAUGUGAGCAAAAGUAAAUUGUAAGAGAAGCUAACAACAUAUCUUAGAAUGAGUCAUGGAUGUCAAAGUAGCAGCUUUGAAUCUGUACAAAGAUUUUUAAAAUCUAAAUUAUAGAGUAGCUCCUCUUUGCAUUUAGUUAAGAAGAGUCAUGACCAGCUGCAUUUGUAUUGAAGAUGGUUUCUAGCAGAAAAGCACAAUUACAUGUUCGAGGCUCUGGGGACUGUUAUGAACACAAAAUUAUAGAGUAACAUCCCCGUAUGUGCAUUUUUUCAGACACCGCUUAUAUACACCACGUAACAGUGGAACGUGAGAUGAGACUACUGCCUGAAAUACUUGUAAAUACAUCUAUUAGGCAUUAUAGAGAGCACUCAUAUUUUCCAUGAGUAAUUUCAUAACAUAAUCCAGUAGUCUACAUCUGAUCAGUCAGAAGAAAGGGUUUUUAGCUUGUGCACAUGACACGCUUUAAGACAUGUACCGUGUAGAAUAAAGUUCAGCCUAAAAGAAAACCUGGGCGUAUAUUCUUAGUGUUAAUGGUCAUUGUUUAUGAGUUACUUUAGCUAUCAUUGUCAGGUUAGUGCACCAUAACCAUCAGCUGUCAUUCAUGGCACACAGCAUUCCCACUGAAAUACAGCACACUGGGGGCAACAGCCUGGGAAGAAUACUAUUUUGGAGAACUAGUUUCAAGAAUAUAUAUUUGCAACAUCAAUUGAGAAAGUUAUGUUUAUUUAUUCUUAUUCUGUACAGUUCAUCCUGUACAUAUUGUUUCUGCAUGUCUUUCUAAUCUAAUUUAUGUUUGUCCUAAUUGAUCGUAAUUUAGGAAGGCUAACCAGACAUUUCCCUUCUCCUCUGAUUGGUUGUGAUACUGCUUCAUCCUACAUGUUUGGAUGACAAUUUCUUUCUCUCUUUUGUUAUUACACAUAUUACCAAUUUUAUCAAAUGUAUAGUUAUUUAAAACUCUUUCCCAAAAUGUACAAAUUUUAACAUUUCCAAAUGUACCAGCCUUACUUCUUUGCUCUGGUUCCUCUUUUCAAAUAUUUUGUCAUAGUGAUGUGAAUAUUCUUCCAAAGUACUUUUGCAACUUCUCUGCAAAGAUUUCAAUAAAAUCUAGAUGGUAUCACAUUGUGAGUACUGUGUGUGUUUGU